UAAAACUUUCUGGCAAAUAUGUUGAUACAUUAAUAUUGAUACAAAUUUUUUCAGGUAAAUGAAUUAAUAGUUGUUAAUGAAUUUUAAGAUUAUAUGAUUGCCUUAACAUGAAAAGAGAACAAAAUGGAAUCAAGUCAUCUUCAAACUGAAACGAAUUUGCUGCAAUUUCGAGACUUGUGCAACGGUGAAAGACGUGCAAAUGUAUCGCUACUUUUCAAGGCAUUCUGCAUGUUCACUUUGGCAAAUAUUUUACUAGUGGUAUACUUUACGGUGGAUCACCAGUGGGAGCAGAAAAAACUCGAUAAUGAAAUAGGUGCCAUUCGACGAAUGCUGCCUAAUUUGAAAUUUCCACAUAAUUAUCAGACAUGUAAUGAAGAAGGAAGCUUGUGUUCUUUAAAUCGGCAAAUUAUAAACGCAAAGAAAAGAUUCGAAACUUGUGAUGAGAAGCUGUCUUCGCUGAAAGUCGUGAAAAGCAUCACACAAGAGAAAGAAGAGACUUUUGAUAUUUGGAAUUCGAUUCAGAGACCAUUUAUACAACUCGAAUUGGGUGGAAAUCACUCUCCUGCAGAAAAAAUGGACAAAAAGCAACAUUCACCAUAUUAUUUACGAGGGUGGGAGUCAAAUCAACCAGAUAUAUGUGUGAAUACCAGUCCUUAUCUGGUACAUAAGGAAAGAAUAAAAAUUAAAAAAGAUGGUUAUUACUACGUUUACAGUCAGGUUACGUUUGAAUGUUCCAGACAUAAUUCAGGCGCCGCACAAAUUCACACUCACACGGUAGAGUUACUGGAACGUAAGCCACAAACAUUGAUAGUCAGUGUCUAUCAGCUAUGCGGAUAUGGAGAGCAGGGAAAAUUGAAAGUGUCUUAUCAGGGCGGAAUCUUCCAUCUGACCAAACGAAAUUAUCUUUCUGUCAAAAUUGAAAAACCAGAUGCAACAAAAGUACAUCAUCAUUAUGAAGAUCACAAAGCAUUUUUUGGUGCAUACCUAAUUUAGAAGUUUGUAAUAACGAUGUUGUAUUUUUACUUUAUUGCUAUGUUGCCAAAUUUCUAUGGCUUCUAUGUCUUCUAAAAACGAGUCCAUUUUUACAUCUUUCAAAACAAUGACUAAUUAAUCUCAGCGUCUUCUGAAAAGGUACUCAAUGUUUUUCCUUUAUUCAGCAGUCGAAAUUAUUGAUGUAAUAAUUAAUGAAAAACUAUUUGUACAGCAUAAAAUGAAUUCGAGUUUUAUCUCUUGAUGUACAUGUGACUUCAUCAUUCGAAUAUACCAUGAAUUCGGA